AUGUCCGUCCGCGGCGGCAACGCCCUGACGCCUUUUUCCAUCCAAGCCAUCCUCAACAAGAAGGAGGAGUGCGCCCGCCACGCGGCGGGGCGGCCGCCGCUCCCGGGGGCGGCCGGCGGCUGGCGGCUGUGCGGCGGCGCCGAGGACCCGCCGCUGCCCGCGCCCGCCGCCCGCGCCCCGGCCCCGCGGACGCCGGCGGGCUGGGACUCGGACUCCGCGCUCAGCGAGGACCCCGAGGGCGAGCGGCGCUCCGAGGAGGAGGGCGCCGGUGGCAGCGCCCGCCCCGCAGAAGCCACGGGUGGGGGGCGGCCGGCGGAGGAGGAGGCGCAGCCCCCGGAGGCGGCGGAGCGGGACACCACCGGCCUCAGCGACAGCGAGAUGUCGGCCGCCGUCUCAGAUCGCAGCCCUCCGGAGGAAGAGGACGGAGCGGGCAAGUGCGGGAAUCUGCUGCCGAGGGAGGAGGAGGCGGCGGCGGCUCCGAAGCCGCGGAAGAAGCGCUCCCGCGCAGCCUUUUCCCACGCGCAGGUCUUCGAGCUGGAGCGGCGCUUCAACCACCAGCGCUACUUGUCGGGGCCCGAGCGAGCCGACCUGGCCGCCUCGCUGAAGCUCACCGAGACGCAGGUGAAGAUCUGGUUUCAGAACCGGCGCUACAAGACCAAGCGGCGGCAGAUGGCCGCCGACCUCCUGGCCGCCGCCCCCGCCGCCAAGAAGGUGGCCGUCAAGGUGCUGGUGCGCGACGACCAGAGACAGUACCACCCUGGCGAGGUGCUGCGGCCGCCCUCGCUGCUCUCCCUGCAGCCAUCCUACUACUACCCCUACUACUGCCUUCCCGGGUGGGCUCUGUCCACCUGCGCCGCAGCUGCCGGCACGCAGUGA